AUGACGACCCAUCAUCAUCUCGUUGACGAGACAUCGUCGCCCUCCACGUCUGUCCCCUCUUUGACUUUGUCAGCGCGGCGAAAACGACGAUUGCUCUCUUCUGUGCUGCAGCGCCCCCUGGAUAGGGUGAACGUUCUGGGUGAUGACCACUAUGGACAUACAGGAUGUGUCAAUGCACUAUCUUGGGCGAGAGACGGGGAGCUAUUGAUCAGUGGCGGGGACGAUACGACUGUGAGGGUAUGGCGGAUGGACUCAGGCGAGUCUUCUCAAGACUACCCAUUCAAAUGCGAGACCGUCAUACGCACUGGGCACCGCGGCAAUAUCUUUAACGCGCACAUGCUGCCACACUCCUCACGAAUAGCGACCGUGGCGGCCGACCGGCAAGUGAGGAUAUGCGACGUAGGAGCCGCUGCCCAUUCUACGCGUUACAACGGUGAAACGGAAUACACUAGCAGCCAGGCGAAUGUGAAGGUGCUGAGAUGUCACAGCGGUCGGGUAAAGAGGAUUGUAACGGAGGAGGGUCCGGACAUGUUCCUUACAGUGGCGGAGGACAAGACAGUCAGACAACACGACUUGCGCGUCCCACAUAGCUGCGCGUUAGACAACUGUCCUGCACCGCUCGUGCGGCUGGGCCAUGAGCUCAACGCGAUCGCUCUGUCCCCUCUCACACCGUACCAGUUUGUGGUUGCCGGUGAAUCCCCAUACGGCUACUUAUUUGACCGGCGACACGCGGGACGGAUAUUGAAGGAAGAAUGGGGCAUGCCGCCCAACUCAGAUGACGUCACGACGUGUGUGAGGCGGUUUGGCCGGGCAGGGCGGGGACCACGCGAAUCGGGAGGCUAUGAGCAUAUCACUGGUGCGAAGAUGGCAUCUAGUAACGGGCAUGAGCUGUGUGCAGCGUACAGUUCAGAUGCAGUGUACCUCUAUUCGACGCGUGACGACCCGGCAGAAGAAUCUUUGAGUAGAGGAGGCACUGUGCUCCCGUCAAAUCACUCGUCGGCUUCAUCGGCACGCUCCUCCCCCGCUCACAGCGUUAGCAAUGACCCAAGUGCUAUCCAUCGUACCAAUCGAGAGAUGGAGGAAGACAUCGUACGGCUGAUGACGGAGGACUCGGCCAUGGGCGAUGCAAACGAGCCAAUGGACGAAGACAUGGAGGAUGACGAGGAGGACGAUGAUGACGGGGACGAGGACGCAGACGAAGGUGACGAAGAUAGCGACAGUCGUGAUGAAAUGGACGAUGUCCAUGUGGCGUCAACCUCAACUGUUCCUAUCAUCUAUCCUCGGGCUCGCUUUGCUGGCGCAUGCAACGUCGAAACUGUGAAAGAUGUGAACUUCCUUGGACCCGAGGAUGAAUACGUCGUGUCAGGAUCGGACGAUGGGAACCUCUUUAUUUGGCGAAAGAGCACUGGCCAGUUGCACGACAUCCUGGAAGGUGAUGGCAGCGUCGUGAACGUCAUCGAGGCUCACCCACACCUGCCCCUCGUCGCUGUGAGCGGCAUCGACACGACAGUCAAGCUGUUUGGCCCUGCUCGUGGUCCUAGUCAAUUCUCGAGGCUGACAAAUGCUGAGAACAUCAUGCAGCGCAACUCUGAGGCCAGAUCAAGACCCAUCAACUUUGCAAGUCUCUUUCUUCAAUAUCAACUAGCAAGGCACACUGCAGGCUUCGGCCACUGCGGUGGCUGCCGCAGGUAG